UAUAAAAAUAUAUGAUAUCAAGUAUCUGCGUUAUCACUCUGCACUCAGUAAUACUGGAGAAUAUUCUUAAUGAAAAAUGCUUAAAAAUCCACUUUGUCCCUGAUCCCAUCCCAUCUCAGAGUACCAGCGACAAAAUGUUUUUUUUUUGUAUUUUUCAUUAAGAAUGUUUCCCAGUGUAGUAUUGUGAAUGCAAACAUGAUCAAAUAUAAUAAAUAAUCUAAGUUAAAACUCAGCUUCUCUAAAAGACAAGAAUCUUAUCGCCAUAUCAUUUGAUGCGAUGUCUGCGUACGCGGACCAGUUAGUCGCGCACGGCAUGGCGCCGAAUGUAGCGGACGGGCGUGAGAGUGCGCGAUCCGAUUUUCCUCACGUGGAACAGGGACAUCCCCAACGUGUUCCUGAACAAACACGUUCCUCCAGUAAUUCAGAAUGCGCUGAUGGAGAAACUGAGCGUGACGUCUUGGAAGCUGCGCUCGCGCAGAUCGGGCCGUUCGGAUGGUACCAGCGUUAUAUGGUGCUGAUGCUGUGUUUGCCUAAUGUGCUAGGUGCUAUGUACUCAUUGAACUACAUAUUCGUAGCCGACCAAAUACCCUUUCGGUGUGUAGUCCCAGAAUGUGAAGGUUGGCAACCGGAAUUCUCCAGCAAUACUACAUUCGCACUGGUACCCGGAGACACACGCUGCGAACGUUACCGCCCUUUGUACCCUUCCAAUGACACCUGCCGACGCCAGGACUUCGCACAAGACCGAAUAGACUGUGAUCACUUCGUCUAUCAGAACGAUGACACCAUUUUCGCCGAGUUUGACCUGGCGUGCCGCGAAUGGAUGCGGACCCUGGUGGGAACCGUCCGUAACUCAGCGCUGCCCUUCGCCCUUCUACUCACAGGCUAUAUCUCUGAUAAAUUUGGCCGGCGAACUGCUUUCUGCAUAUUCUCUGGGUUUGCGGGGGCUCUGGGUGUCCUGAAGGGAUUCGCUGUCAACUACCAGAUGUAUGUCGCCACGGAGUUCUUCGAAGCUAUGCUCGGAUAUGGCUUCAACAGCGCUGGCUACGUCAUGAUCGUAGAACUCGCGCGACCAUCACUCCGGGCUGCCUUUGCUUGUGCAACAGGAGUAGCGUACGGCAUCGGAGGGAUGUUGUUUGCUCUUAUCGCAUGGAAAUUGUCAUAUUGGCGGCUGAUACUAUGGACGAUCCACUCCAUGGCACUACUCUUGCCUCUUUACUGGCUGUUGAUCGACGAGAGCCCGCGCUGGUUGCACGCACGAGGCGACAAGGACCGCGCUGCUGCGAUAAUAAGGAAAGCAGCUAUGAUUAAUAAGAAAUCAAUCAACGAAGAUAUAAUGAGAGCUCUCUACCAAGAGAACAAGAAGGAAGAAACGGUAAAAACUAAUCCAUGGCUGCAGUUACUCCGGUCCAAAGUCCUAAUCUUUCGAUUUCUAACGUGUUGCUGGUGUUGGGUAGCCGUGGCAUUUGUCUAUUAUGGUCUGACCAUCAAUUCUGUGUCGCUGUCCGGUGAUAAAUAUGUGAACUUCGCACUUAAUAUGGCCAUGGAAGUGGUGGCUUCACUUUUGAUUGUGAUGGCGCUUGAACGUUUCGGUCGGAAGUGGAGCAUAUUCGUGGCGUUCCUGGUUUGUGGUUUCGCAUGCGUUACACCGUUCUUUGUAUCACACGUCGGAACCGGCUUGGGGAUGUUCUUCGUAGGCAAACUGUCUAUUACUUUCGCGUUCAACUCCCUGUACGUGUUCACCGCGGAACUGUUCCCUACUGCCACUCGUAGCUCUGCACUGGCCGCCUGCUCGCUCGUCGGCCGCAUCGGCUCCGUGCUCGCACCACAAACACCACUACUGAGCAUGUACGUGCAAGCCGUCCUGUACGGCGGGUGCUCCCUGUCCGCGGCGCUGGUGGUGCUGGCGGCGCCGGAGACGCGGCGCGCGGUGUUGCCGCAGAGCGCGCGGGACGCGGAGCACCUCGCGCCCCCCGCGCCCCCCGCCCCGCCACUGCCCACGCCUGCGCCACCCUCAGUAGACUUAACUCGUUUAUAA